UUUAAUGGUAAAUAUUAUAAAUGAUUUUUAUAUAAUUAAUAAAUAAUCAUUAUGAGCCAAACAUUAACAUUAAAAGAUUUUGAUACAAUUUGCCGGAUUUGUUUAUCGUCAAAAGAUCCGGCAAUUUUAUUUUGGAACAUGGAAAUAAUACACAUGUUAGAGGCAUGCUCUUCUAUACAAGAAUCAAUGGACGAAAAAUUUCCUAAGCACAUUUGCACCACUUGUUACAACCAAUUAAAAAUAAGUUUCGAAUUCCAACAACAAUACAUGAUAUCAUUACAAAUCUUAACCGAUAUUGUUCUAAAAUCGGAAUCAAACAAAACCGAAUCAAUCAAAAAUGAAACAGACGAUGAUGAAAUAAAGUAUGAUAUAACCGAAAAUUAUUCAUCAUUACCACUCGAAGUAGACAUCAUUAAAACAGAAGAAGAAAAAACUGAAGAAAAAUCUGACGAAAAAGUAUUACGGAAAAGACUACCGCGUACCGUAAAUGAAAAGAAAACAAUAGAUAACACAUCAGAUAACGAAUUUCUAAACGAUGACGACGAUGUAGAUUCUUCAUCCUCCGAAUCGAAUUGUAAUGAAAACGCUGAACCUGAACAACAACCUGAAAAGAAGAAGAUAAGAAGAAAACGAUCAACAAAUUUGGUAAGCAGCGCAGAUGAACAAACCGAAUGGAUUUGUGAUAUUUGUGGGAGAAAAUUUUCAAAAAAAGUCUAUAUGAAAAAACAUCAAGUGUUGCAUUCAGAUGCUCGACCAUUUGAAUGUUAUAUUUGUCACAAGACAUUCAAAUUAAAAUGGAGUAUGAAAGAACACGUUAAAACACAACAUACGGAACGUGAUAAACGUGUUAUGUGUCCGAUAUGUGGUCAAUUAAUACUACCGAAAAGUGUUACAUAUCAUAAGAACAAACAUAAAGAGAAUAAGGAGAAAUUUAAAUGUCAAUUAUGUGAUAAAGAAUACACACAAAAAUCCGGUUUACAAAUGCACAUAAACGAAAAACAUUCGGAUAAUGUUAAAAUAUAUUAUUGUGAUAUAUGUAGUAAAGGAUUCGUGGCAAAGGGUUCAUUGCGUAUACAUAAAAAAUUCACACAUACGAAAGAGAAAAAUCAAACAUGUCCGAUAUGUGGAAAAAGUUAUAAGAAAGUUAGUGAUGUAAAUGCGCAUGUUAAUGCAGUACAUAAGAAUUUAAAACCGCAUGCGUGUUCUAUUUGUAGCAAGGCAUUUUAUUCAAAAUCGUUAUUAAAUAAACAUAUGAUUUGUCAUACAGGCGAACGGCCAUUUACAUGUACAAUUUGUGGAAAAUCGUUUGGAUUUAAAAGUGUUUUAACGACACAUAUGAGAGUUCAUUCUAAAUAGUAUUAAGUAUUCGCUUUUAAGAUAGUUCCCAAAAAAAAAAGUUUGACACUGUUAGAAAAAAAAUCUUAAAACAUGUUAGAAUCAAAAAAUCAUGUGUGGCCUCUCACGCUAUCGAAAAUGAUUAUAAAAUCGACAAAUCUAAUUUAAAACUUUUAAAAUCAGUACCCAAUCCUAGCGAAUUAGAUGCCCAUGAAAGCUUUGGAAAUCAAUUGGGGGAAAAUCUCGGGAAACUUUUUAAAA